AUGUCACGUAAAGUUUCCAAGUCCUCGUCCAGAUACGGUUGGCUCCCCGUCGCCAUCGCCAGCGGUGCUUUUGCGGCAGUCAAUGGCGUAUUCGCAAAAUUAACGACCACCAAUCUGACCUCAACAUGGGCAUUCUAUAUAUCCACAUUCGUGAACAAUAUGUCCAUUCCGAUUUCCCCCAAAGUGACCGAAUUACUUGUACGCGGUCUAUUCCUUGCGCUUAACACUGUCUUCAAUGGAGUGAUGUGGGGCUUGUUCACGCGUGCGCUCACUCUGGCGAACUCCACGGUACAGGUCACUGUUAUCAAUACGUGUUCCAACUUUCUACUUACGGCGUUGCUGGGCCGGAUUGUGUUUACGGAGGCUUUGCCGCCAUUAUGGUGGGUGGGCGCAGCAAUGCUGGUCGCGGGGAGUGUGAUUAUUGGAAUAAGAGAUGUGGCCAAUGAUGAGAGUAAAAAGAGAGCUGAAUGUAACUCCACUACAACCAGUGAAUCGCUCAUCUACUUGAGGUCAUUGAGUCUACACUGCUAA